AUGGCCGACCUUAUCAAGGAGUCGCCGCUCCGCGCGGUCCAAGUCGAGGCCCUUGUGGUCAUGAAGAUGAUCAAGCACUGCUCCCAGGCCUUCCCCACCACCGCAACCGGCUCGCUCGUCGGCAUGGACGUCAACGGCACCCUCCAGGUCACCAACUGCUUCCCUUUCCCGACCGUCGAUGCCCCCGUUGAUGGCACUCAUGACGGCCAGCAGAGCGUUGCUGCCGCCGCCCCGCGUGCCAAGGCCAACGUCGUCUACCAGAACGAGAUGAUCAAGUUCCUGCGCGAGGUCAAUGUCGACGCCCAGAACGUCGGCUGGUACACCAGCACCAGCAUGGGCAACUUCGUCAACCUCAACACCAUUGAGAACCAGUUCUUCUACCAGAAGGAGCACAACGAGCGCACCGUCGCCCUCGUCCACGACGUCAGCCGUAGCUCCCAGGGCGCCCUGAGCCUGCGCGCCUUCCGCCUGUCGCCCCAGUUCAUGCAGGCCUACAAGGAGGGCAAGUUCACCACUGAGAGCCUCCAGAAGAGCGGUCUCCGCUACCACGACAUCCUCGUCGAGCUGCCGCUCACCAUCCACAACUCGCACCUCCUCACCACCCUCCUGCACCAGCUGCCCGGCCAGCCGCCCAAGGACGAGCUGCAGUUCCCGCCCAACCUCGCCGCGCUCAACACGGACCCGCUCAAGCCGCAGCCGCCGCUGUGCCCCAACUACGACGCGCUGGACCUGUCGAUCGACCCGUUCCUGGAGAAGACGUGCGACCUGCUGCUCGACAGCAUCGAGAACCACCACACGGAGCUCAACAACUACCAGUACUACCAGCGCUCCAUGGGCCGCGAGCAGGCCAAGAUCACGGCGUGGCAGCAGAAGCGCAAGGCGGAGAACGCGGCCCGCGCCGCCGCCAAGCAGCCGCCGCUGCCCGAGGACGAGUGGCAGCGCCUGUUCAAGCUGCCCCAGGAGCCCAGCCGCCUCGAGACGCUGCUCAACAGCCGCCAGGUCGAGCAGUACAGCAGGCAGGUCGACGGCUUCACCGCCGGCGUCUCGGCCAAGAUGUUCGCCGUCAAGAGCAACUUGCUGCCCAGUGACGCGUAG